AUGACCGAAGCUAAAUCGACACAUGAUGAAAAGCCUUAUAACUCGAGUGAUGACGAUAAAACGAAUGAAGAUGAACAAAACGUGGCUGACGAUAAAUUUGUUUAUUUAAAGUCAUCUUCAACAAUUCCAAUAUUAAUCGUCAUCCUAGUGUCAUUAAUAUGUAUUUUAACAACAGCUCUUAUCAUCAAAACAUUGUUGCACGAUCGUGGUAUUUCAACUUCACUAUUGAAGUAUUUAGGUUUGAAAAAAAAUCAAACAGAACCAAAGGUCAUAUUCUGGCCAACCCUAUUAGUAGUAGAAUUGCGUUCAGAGAAUAAAUCUACGACAAUCAAUGAAAAUUCAACAAUAGUUUGGCCUAGAAUUGCGCCUAAAACAAAUAUUCUUCCACAACAUAUUCUGAAUCGAUUUAAAAAUAUAGUUCUGCCAUCUUUGUUUGUAUUAUCAAUUUUGCUUGCUAUUCUUGCAUAUUAUCUACGAUAUAAAUGUAUACAAUUAAAACAUUUUGCAUGGGGAGCAUUGCCAAAAAUCCCAUUAAAAAGUAAGAUUGAUCUUCGGAGAGAAAACACGCAGUUAAAUGUAUUAUCUGAUCAAACUAUGUCAAUUACUCAAGAAAUCAAGAUAAAACCAGUUAAAAAACAAGAUGAUUCAACCCAAUACGAAAUAAAUGAUAUAUCGAAUAUUACUGCCCAGACUGUUCCGAACGAAUACGAUGAAUUUAUCACCAAAGAAGAAAAUGAGAGAACUAAACCUUCCGCAUUGUUAUGA